AGUGAAUCCAAAAAAAAAUCUACAAUCUCAUCUUCUUCGUCGUCGUCGUCGUCGUAAAAAGAGUCAUCCAUCGUUUCGUUAUUGUGCCAGUUUGUCAGGCCCAGCAGUGUGCCACCCUUGUGAUGUUCUUCUUGUGUGUAUCUUUUUUGUAUUUUUUUUUUUUAGUUGUAUAUUCUCUUCUUCUGUAUGAUUAUUUUAGAGGGGAAAUGUUUUCAUUUAAAUAGUUGACGUGCGAUGGUCUAUCACAUCAGUUGAAUUUCAUCUGUCGAACGGGGUUGAUGGUUAUGUGAUGACGCACGGUUAAAACAAAAGAAAGAAGAAAAUAAAACACACAAAAAAAAAACCCAAACCAAGAAAACGGAAACGGAAGCAAAGAAAAAGAGAAUCUUAUUUUAUAACAGUUGUUUUGGUGCUUGACCGGAUGGUACUUUUUUUUUUUAUUAAUUUGAAUUAAAUCACUUCGUGCGUUGGUGCUGUUCGGUCGCAAUUAUUUUCUCGUCUUCAAAAAUAAUAAAGAAGAGAAAAUUUAUCUUAUGAAAAAUUGCGCGAUAUGACACGGAAAUAUAUAAAAAAAACUAUAACAGAAAGUUGUGAAUAAAUUAAUUAAAUAAGAAAUAAAAAAAAAAAACAAUAAGACUUAAACCUUUGUACAAAAUGUUGAAAACAUCGAUUAAAAAAGAAAUCACUGAUAUUUCACUGCGAAAAAUGGAUCAUCGACGCCAAUCAACCACAUCAGAUUCAUCUGUUGAGCCUAUGGAUUUGGGACGUUCAAAUUCAAAAAUCUCCACAGAUACAAUAGAUCAUAGCAGUAGCACAACAUUGCCAACAACAACACAAAUUAAAGAUGCCAUUUUAUCAGAUGCCAAUACAAAGUAUCGCUAUGAAUCCGAUGCCGACGAGUCAGCCGAUGAUAGAGAUAGAGAUCAUCAACAAAGAAGGUCACACAGUCAACAUCACUAUCACCAUCGUCGGCGGACUACAAAUUCUGGACGUGAUAAACGCACUGUCCUCAUGGAAUGCACCGACAGUCCACAUUCAUUGCGAAAGAAAUUUCGAUUUAGCAACAGCAGCAGCAACAGUAAUAAUAGCAAUAACCAAAAUAAUGCUAUACCUGCUACUGACACUGUGAUCAAUUUAAAAUCAUCAAAAACAUCGAAUAAUGAUUCAUCAAUAAAAUCAACAACUACAGCUUCAGCAAAUCUGACAACAACAACAAACAACGAAUCUGGGUUUGUGGAUGCUAGCAUAAGUCAAAAUUUAAAUACAUCAGGUUCAUCGGCAACAUCAUCCACAUCAUCAUCAUCGCCAACAUCAUCAUCAUCGGCUUCACCAUCUGCAAGUAAUAUUGCGUCGGCAAUAUCGAGCCCCGAGUCGGGUAUGGGUGAACGUGAUGAUAUGAAGUACCUUUGCCCAAUUUGUGAAGUUGUAUCGGCGACACCACAUGAAUUCACCAAUCACAUUCGAUGUCAUAAUUAUUCAUCUGGUGAUACCGAAAAUUUCACUUGCCGCAUAUGCUCCAAGGUUCUAUCAUCUGCCUCUUCAUUAGAUCGCCACGUAUUGGUGCACACUGGUGAGCGACCCUUUAACUGCAAAUAUUGCCAAUUGACAUUCACUACAAAUGGCAAUAUGCAUCGUCACAUGCGAACCCACAAACAACACCAACAACACUAUCAUCGCAAUUCAAAUGGUACAAAAGGUGCAAAUGGUAGCAGCAAUUCAAGCUUAUUACCGAGUGUACCAUCAACUAAUCAAUCGUCAGCAGCUCAAACAUCAGCCACCGUAAGUUCAGCUUUAACAUCAAAAACGUCCACGACAACGACGACAAACACUAGCAAUGGUGGUGGUGGUGUUUGCAAUAGCAAUGGCGACACAUUAGCGGGUGAAGGAGAUGGUUGUGGUGGCGAAAGCUAUGACAGUGAUGGUGGUUGCUCAACAGAUUCAUCGAGUGGCAUCAGCCAAAGUUCCAAUAACAACAAUAACAGCAAUAUCAACAACAAAAAUAUAAGCAAUUUCAAACGCAAGAGCACCGACAGCUUAGAAGACUUGUCCAUUAUGAAACGACGCGUGAAGACGACCAUUAACAAUAACAAUAUCAUCGAUAAUAUUCAUGCUAUCCCUGAGAAGAGUGUAACUGAAGUACCAAGUGACAUCGAAGAUGUUAAGCAACAACAACAACAAAAGCUUUUCUGCCCCGUGUGUAAUCGUGAUGAUUUCGUUGGGAUGCUUGCAUUGGGAGAUCAUAUGGAUAGCGAUCAUUCUGAUAUUCCAGCUAAAUGUCGUCAUUGUGAUGUUGUUUUUAAAACUCACAAACAACUUAACGUACAUCCGUGCACGAGUAAACUUAAAAUUACCCAAGGUUUUAAGGAUUUGACAUUUGUUGACUUCUCGAGUGAGAAAUUCCCAUUGAUUGCAAAGUCUCUAUGCGAACAGAGUGUUCGGGCGCCAGUUGGAGGUCAAAAAUUCGAGUGCUCGAAAUGUUACCGAGCAUUUCCCUGUGCCAGUUCAGUUGAAAUUCAUGAGAAAGACUGUUCGACAUCAGGUUUGAAUCUAUUUGUUGACUUUCCCAACCGAAAGCAAAGAGCUUACAGUGAAAGCUCUGGAAAUGCCGAUGAUGAUGAUAAUCGGCGUGAGGAAUUCUUCAAUCGGUUAUACUUAACAAACAAAUCAACCGCACAAAGCAUGACCAGUUUGUCAGUAUCCUCACCAUCUUUGUCCGAUGUGAAGUCCUCUGAGCUUGAAAAGACACCAGUUAAGAACUCCCAGUUGGAACAAUUCCAGGACACUAAAGAGCUUGCUGACAUUCAAUCGAUCCUCAAUAUAACUUCGUCAUCAUCAACAAGCAAUUUUCUGCGUAAUUUUGAAAAUUCUGUUAAUGCACCAAUCAGUAAUUAUGGUGCAGAAAACGGCGAAGAAGAAGCUCAAGAUGCAUUCACCUCAGAAUUUCGUAAGAUGAAACUUCGUGGAGAAUUUCCAUGUAAACUCUGUACCGCGGUCUUUCCCAACUUGCGCGCACUCAAAGGUCACAAUCGAAUACAUCUUAGUGCUGCUGGUGCAGGACCUUACCGAUGCAAUAUGUGUACAUACUCUAUUCAUGACAAAGCAGCUCUUGUUCGUCACAUGCGCACACACAACGGCGAUAGACCUUAUGAAUGUGCCAUUUGUAAUUAUGCAUUCACAACAAAGGCCAAUUGUGAAAGACAUUUGCGAAAUCGUCAUGCAAAAACAACACGUGACGAAGUAAAACGUGCCAUUAUCUAUCAUCCAUCCGAAGACUCAAAUUGUGAUGAUGCCAUGAAAAAGUUGCACAUGUUCUCAUCGCCUGAAUUCGAUCAGGACGAGAUGGAGCAACUCCAUCCACCCAAAGAUCGAUCAACUCCGGUUUCUCAUUUGAAGGAAAUGCUUCAAGCCGAAUCAAAGCCAAUGAAAAUUCAAGUAAAGAGUCUUGAGAAAUUGAUUGAUAAACCAUCAUUCAAUCAACCUGAUGACUUAGAGAAAGAUCAUGAGCCAAUUAUUAUACCCCAACAAGAAAAAGAUCUCGCUAGACCAAUUGAUCUUAGUAUGGAUGCAUUGGAUUUAAGCAAAAAAUCUGUUAAAGCCGAGAAAAUCGAAGAGAAACGACCUCAAUCUCCUCCAUUACCAGCGUCACAUUUAAAUCCAAUUCGUCCACAAGCCGGUGAACCGAAUAUCGAUAUGCGACUUCUUGAGAAAAACCAACAGCUCUUGCUGGCUCAGCAAAGACUUCUCAACGAAGCAAUGCCAAAAAUGGAUCCUGCACAUUAUUUCCAACUAUCUCAGCUGUACAAUAACUUGGUGUUCCAGCCGGCACUUAAUCCUUUUUUCCUACAAAACUCCUUUCUUUCAAACAACAUCAGUGAUUUGAAUAAAUUUGGUCCCAUGGUGAAUCCUCUCUUCACUGGAACACCUGUUGAUAGCCCGAUUGCACGUGGCGAAAAACCAAAUCAACAAAGUUCACAGCCAAAGCCCGCUCAAGAAGAGCUCAAUUCGUCAAUAAAACAAAUUAACACCCAAGCUCAAUCUCCAGUGCCAGCUCAGAGUCAGCCAUUGCCACGGAAUCCAACACCAUCUCUAUCGCAAAUGCCAGUUUUGCCAAGAAGUCAUCAGCACUUGAUGAGUGGAAAUCAUCCUUCGGGAAUGCUUCCAUCAUCUUUGCCCAAUUCUGGUCCAGUUAAAAUGGUUAUCAAAAAUGGAGUUCUCAUGCCGAAACAAAAACAAAGACGUUACCGUACUGAACGUCCUUUUGCAUGUGAACAUUGUUCGGCACGAUUCACUCUGCGUUCCAAUAUGGAACGUCAUAUCAAACAACAACAUCCGCAAUACUGGGCACAACGACAACGCAGUGGUCAUCAUAUUAUGCGUGGUCGUGCUAAUAGUUCCUCUAUACACUCUCACUUGCAGUCAGCUCACUCCCCUUUGGAAACGCCCCAUCCAAUAAGCAAUAGUGGCAUGAUGACAAAUCCCUUGAGUGCCAUUUCCGAUCAAGUUAAAUAUGCGAUACUUGCCCAACAACUAAAAACCCGCAAGGAAACUGAUAUUCUGCAACAGGCCUUAUCUCAAGGUUCCAACAGUGUACUUGCCCAGAAUCCAACAUCAGCUAUAAGCAGUCUCCGUCAAUCACUCAGUGCAUCGUCGAAUACCAACAAUGGCAGCACUGAAGAUGAUGAUCCUAAACUAGUUAUCGACGAAGAUGACGAUGAGCAAGAAGAUGAAGAAGAAGACGAGGAAGAAGAAGAAUGUGAAGAUAGAAAGCCAGAAAAUUUGACCAAAUUUCAAGACUUUCCCGAGCAAACCCCUAAUGAAGCUGCAAAAAAAGUCGCUGAAUCUAUUCUCGAGCAAGCAAUGAAAGCUGGAACCACUAAGAGUUCAUACAAUAACGAUGAAGAUCGUGAUCGAACGGUUGGUAAAGAUUUUGGCCUCAAAUUGUCGAAAAAUAUGAUUGCUCAAGCCGAAUCUGUGGGCAAGUUUUUGAAAGAAGUCGCCAGCUCACCAUUUAAAGAUGAGUCAAAUGACUUGGUAUCAGUUUCAAAGUUAGUUGAUAACGCAACUAAUUCUAUGUCUUUUAACACCUAUUUCCGACCCAGUGACGUUGUCAAUCAAAUGGAACAAAGUGAUGAAGAAGGACUUGUGGCAUCGGGAAGUGCAUCGGAAAGUAACAACUCUGGUCCUGAAGACAUGGUCAGCUCACAAGAACCAAAGAAAAAAUCUGCUUACAGUUCAGCACCUAAUCGUGUUUCCUGUCCAUAUUGCCAGCGAAUGUUCCCAUGGUCCAGUUCUUUAAGGAGGCACAUUCUCACUCAUACCGGCCAAAAACCAUUUAAAUGUUCACAUUGCCCGCUGCUCUUCACAACCAAAAGCAAUUGUGAUCGUCAUUUGUUACGAAAACAUGGAAACGUUGAAUCAGCUGUGUCAUUGUAUGUUCCUAUUGAGGAUGUUAAUGAACCUUUGCCAGUGCCCAAAUCUGUUGAAGAAAUAGAACUACAACAACAGCAACUGCUUCUUCAACAAAAACAACAAAAAAGGUUAGAAGAACUUAAAGAAAUGGAAAAAAUCCAACCGGUUCAACAAAAACCAGUCGAAGGAAAUCAAGAGCUGACAACGAAUAUUGCUCCAACACCCACAAUCUCUAAUAAUGUCGCUUCGUCUAAACUUGAAACUAUUCCGUCCUCUCAAAUGAUUUCCUCGUCUCCAGUGAUUUCAUCUUCAGAGUUGCCAUUCAAGUGCCAUCUGUGUGAUAGUUCGUUUGCGGAGCGAUUCCAAUGCCUCGAUCACAUUAAAAUCCAUCAUGCUCAAGAAUUUUCCCUACUUCUGUCGAAAGGUGCGAUUGACAAUGAAGCCGAUAUAAACAGUCAAGUCCAAUCCACUGAAGAUGAUGAAAAACGCGACGAAAGUCGAGGCAAGUAUCCAGAUUACACUAAUCGCAAGGUAAUUUGUGCCUUCUGUAUGCGUCGUUUUUGGUCCACUGAAGAUUUACGUCGUCACAUGCGAACACAUUCUGGGGAGAGACCAUUCCAAUGCGAUAUUUGUCUACGAAAAUUCACCCUAAAGCACAGCAUGUUGCGACACAUGAAAAAACACAGCGGUGGCAGUCAUUCUAGCAAUGGCAACGCCAAUGCCGGCAACAGUGGAUCUGAUGUGUCUGAUGAUGAACAACCACCAUCUAGUGUUAUGCUUGCCAAUGCCUUACGUUCUCACAAAAUCCAAGAACUUUUCUCAAAGGUCAACAGCGAAUGGCGCAAUAAUCGAAUGUCGGGUGAGCACAAAGAGAACAUCGAAGAGCACAACAACCAGUCCGAUCUUAUUGGUAAUUUGCUGGGAAUCAGCGAUCAAGGCAUUCUUAAUAAAUUGCUAUCGUCAGCUGAUGAAGCUGCUAAAUUUCUUGGUGUUGAAAAGUAGAAUUCUUUUGUAGGCUCAUUAUAUAUAUUAAGUCUGUCAUUCCUUAUGUCUCUCUUAUUAUUUUUUAAAAAAAUAUUUAAAAGCGUUUUUAACUUAAAAGGAUUCAAGAUUUUCGUUGAUUAUAAAUAUUUUUUGUCUAAAUGACCCGGUUCAAUGUUUUCUAUUUUAUGGCUUCUAAUUGUUCAACUGAAUCAGUCAGAAGCUUUAAAGUCGUUAUGUUGUGAUGAACCUAGUCAUAUUAUGACAUUAACAAUUUUUAAUGUCGAAAUAUCUUGUUUCAGUCUCAAGUCGAAUUCGAAUUCCCUCUCUAGUCAAUUGCUUAUAAAAACAGAAUAAGUAACAAAAUACAUAAAUUUAAAACAAAAAUGUAUAAAUCUAGAAGUACAUUAAUUUCGGCUUUUAACGCCAAAUAUAUCUUUAGUUUUAAGUUGUAAAUUAAUUAUUAUUUAAACCUGACUCAUAUUAAACAAAAUAAUAAAUUUGGUCAAAGAGUUUAAUAAUUUAGUACUGUUGAGCUAUACCAAAGCAAAUCAAAGACAAGAGACAUACAUACUUAUAUAAACUAUAUACCUUACUUGGUUUUUGUAGAUUUAAGAUUUUAGAUAUAUAAGGACAUUAAAAUAAGAUAUCCUUUUGGAAAGUAUAUUUAUUUAGAUUCAAAAAAAAAAAAAAACUAAAUUAAAAAAAUAAAAAUAAAAAAAAAAAUUUGUAAAACACUGGUGUAACCAAAACUAUUUCGUAUUCGAUAUAAUUUCUGAAACGUUAAACAAAAUCAAAAUUAGAUCAACAACUUCAUAGAUGUUGUUGGAUAGAAAAUUUAAUAUAAUAAAUACAAAAAAACAUUCAAAAAUAUAUUAUAUAAAUUAUAAAAUAAUAAUAAUUUUAAUAAAUUAACUAUGUGAAUUUCUAGUAGGCUCUUAGAAUAUAAUUAUCAUUGCGAUUUAGUUUAGUAAGAUUAGAAUGAAACUUUAAUGAGACUUUUAUUAACAAAAAUAAAAAAAUAAAAUGUAUGCCUUCUGCUCGUGCAUUAUCUAUAUCUAUGCUUAGACUUACUAACGGCUUUCGAUUAAAU